AAAAGGCCACUGAAUACGAUGCUGUGGAAAUCUGGAUGAAUGAGCCUUUGCGUUUCGCAUAAGACUUGCGUGAGGUGUUGAUCUUUAUGACUAUUAUUACCAUAUGAAGUAAAGGCAUCAUUAGCUAAAUAGAUGAAGUAUUGAUUUUUCCCUAUCUAUUUCAAAACCGAUUCGAAUAGCAGAUUUUACAUGCUUUGCUGAAAGGAGAAUAUCAGAUUUUCCCAUGAUAAUUUGCAUUUUCUGUACGAUGGUGUGAUGAGAAAGUUCUUUCAUUCUGUUUCUUCCGCAUGGAGGGGAAUUGCUGUAUUGUUGAACAAGGAUCCUCAAAAGUUCUCGUGAUGGGUUUCUCCUGCAAAGAUGAACAGGUUUUCUGUCUCUUCCCUGAGCCAUUGUUUCCAGUGCUUAUCUAAUUGCUACCCCCAAACUUUUGCCCUAAAUUCUGGUCGAUUUAUUCUAAAAAGAUAUUUUGGCCAAAUACUCCACUCGUCACAUUAUGCCAAUACCAGGCCUUUUCCCAAUUAUUCCCCAAAGAAACCUGCCAUCAAGGACUCAGAACUUGUGCAUCAAAUCUCAAAUUCAAUAAAACUACGCCGUUCUGAGCCGCUCUGUCGUGUUUUAAAACCGUAUGAGUCCAAAUUUAGAUCUGAUCAUUUGAUUUGGGUUCUGAUGGUCAUUAAGAAUGAUUACAGACUUGUUUUGGAUUUCUUUGAGUGGGCAUGCUUGCGUAGGGACCCGACACUUGAAGCCCGUUGCAUUGUUGUCCAAAUUGCUGUAGCCUCAAAAGAUUUAAAAAUGGCUUAUCAACUUAUUCAUGACUUCUGGUCAAAACCUGAUUUGGAUAUUGGUCUAUCAUUCAGUUACUUCCUUGAGCGUUUAAUUUACACUUACAAGGACUGGGGUUCAGAUCCCAAUGUGUUUGAUGUUUUUUUUCAAGUUCUUGUUGAAGCCGGUUUGCUUGAUGAUGGGAGGAAGCUCUUCGAAAAAAUGUUGAAUUAUGGGUUGAUUAUCUCUGUUGAUUCUUUAAACGUAUAUCUUGGUAAAUUAAAAGAUCAUUUUGAUGGGUUUUGGAGGGCUGUAGAGGUCUUCGUUGAACUUCCUGACAUUGGCAUUUGUUGGAAUACAGCAUCGUACAACAUUAUCAUUCACUCGCUCUGUCAAUUAGGGAAAAUAAAAGAAGCUCACCGUUUACUCUUGCAGAUGGAGUCGAGGGGCUGUAUUCCUGAUGUUGUAACAUAUAGCACCAUAAUUAAUGGAUAUUGUCAUGCAGGGAGGCUGCAAAUGGUAUUACGACUCAUUGACGAAAUGCAAACGAAAGAAUUAAAGCCUAACCCUUAUACCUAUAGCAGCAUAAUUUAUCUUCUGUGUAAGACUGGUAAGGUAGCCGAAGCAGAGAAGAUUUUGAGAGAGAUGUUGAACCAGGGAAUACUCCCUGAUAAUGUGGUAUACACAACUCUUAUAGAUGGUUUCUGUAAGCUAGGGAAUAUUUCUUUCGCGUAUAGGUUGUUAAAUGAGAUGCAGGAUCGAAAAAUUGUCCCUGAUUUAUUAACUUAUACGUCUAUAAUCCGUGGACUUUGUCUAACCGGAAAGAUGACAGAAGCUCGUGCUAUGUUUCAAGAAAUGCUUGGUACAGGGUUGGAACCCGAUGAAUUUACGUACACAGCACUUAUUGACGGUUAUUGUAAGGCAGGUGAAAUGAAAGAGGCCUUCACCCUCCACAAUCAGAUGGUGCAAAUGGGGCUUAUACCAAAUGUUGUCACUUACAGUGCACUUGCCGAUGGCCUUUGUAAAUGCGGGGAGGUAGAUACAGCGAAUGAGCUUCUUCAUGAAAUGUGUGGAAGGGGCCUUCAACCGAACAUUUUUACUUGCAACUCUCUUGUCAAUGGGCUCUGUAAAUCAGGAAACAUCGCUCAAGCUAUUGAACUGAUGAAAGAUAUGGAGAUCUCAGGGCUUCAUCCCGAUGUUAUUACGUACACCACUCUUAUGGAUGCUUACUGUAAGACAGGGGAGAUAGAUAAGGCUCAUGAGCUUCUGAGGAAGUUGUUGCAUAGAGGAAUUCAACCCACGCUUGUUACGUUCAAUGUGCUGAUGAACGGGUUUUGCAUGUCUGGACUGCUGGAAGAUGGUGAGAAGUUACUGCAAUGGAUGUUGGAAAAAGGUAUAACGCCUAAUGCGACGACAUAUAACUGUCUUAUGAAGCAGUACUGUAUGCGAAAAGAUAUGCGUGCGACGGCUGCAAUGUGGAAAGGUAUGCGUGCGCAAGGAGUGAUACCGGAUGCCAACUCGUAUAACAUUUUGAUACAAGGGCACUGUAAAGCGAGGAAUAUGAAAGAGGCAUGGUUCUUACGCAGAGAAAUGAUUGAUAAGGGAUAUGAUCUUACGGCGAGUUCGUACAACGUGCUGAUAAAGGGUUUUAUUAAGAGGAAAAAGUUGAGUGAGGCGAGGGAAAUUUUCGAUGAGAUGAGGAAAAAAGGCUUGGCUGCAGAUAAGGAGAUAUAUAGUAUUUUUGUUGAUAUAAACUAUGAAGAAGGGAACAUGGAAACCACACUUGAACUUUGCGAUGAAGUGAUAGAGAACUGCCUUGUAACCAAGCUUAAUAAUGAAAACAAGUAGCUUGAUUUUUUUU